CCUAGGCCGGCGGUCGUACCCACUCCAGGAUCCACCGCUAGCUCAGACGGAAAAGAAAGGAAAACAGGGAGAGGUGCCCAGCGAAACCAGCUGGGGAGGGAGCGAGGGCCCCCCCCGCACCCCGGCCACCUUUGACCCCUUCGAGGGUAUCACCCUCCCCCCGCUUUGCGCUCUCCACGCCCUUUAUUUAUGGGUCCCGGCGCGGCAUGGGGGAGGCAAGUGACAUGGACAGCAGGAUCAUGCUGCACUCGGGCCCUGACAGCCUGAUGUCCCUCCCGAAGGAGCGGGUGCAGGCAGGGCGGCGGCAGCAGCAGGUGUUGGAGGCCCAGCUCGAUGGCUGCAUCCAGGAGCUGCGGCAGCUGUGCCUGCGUGAGGCGGAGCUGACGGGGACCCUGCCCUGUGAGUACCCCCUGAAAGCUGGUGAGAAGCCCCCCAAGGUCCGUCGCAGGGUCGGGGCUGCCUUCAAGCUGGAUGAGAUCGUCGUUCUUUGUGGGGUGGACCCUCUGGAACGGGAGCGGGCACUGCAGCUGCAGAUUGCCGAAGCCUCCCGCCGGCUCUGCCAUGAGGAGAACAUCGGCCGGCAGGUGCGGAAGAGGCGGCAGACAGCAGCACUCCGGGAGGAGCAGAAGCUGCGGGACCUGGAGCUGGUCCUGAGCCAGCGGCGGCUCCUGGCAGGGCAGCAGGACACCAGUGCUGCCAAGGAGGACAGAGAGCCAUCAGAACCUGCUGCCCCACAGAGGUCCCCAUCUCCCAAGGACCCCACAGAGGAGGAAGAGAAGGAGCUGGGGCUUCUGAUGCCCCCCCUCAAUCCCUGGCAGGAGGCCAGCCUGGACAGACCCUACGAGAGGGCCAAAAAUCCCAGUAUCAACCCUGAGGAUGGGGAAACCCAGCGCUCCCAAUGUCGUCUUGGGUCCCAGAUGGCUGCCCCUGCCAGCUCCUUGGCCCCCAGCAGCCCUGAUUCCGCAGGAUCCUCAGUGUCCAGGACAGGAGGCCCUCCCUACCAGUUUGUCCCCAUCCGGACCCUGGUGCUGUGCCAGCAGGCGGGCUCCAGUGCUCCCAGCACCCCAGAGCCAUUGGGACGGCAGGGACAGACCCAGUCUCUGAGGGUGGACCCGUGCUGCCAGCCAGCUGAGCCGCGGGGCCGCAGUGCUGCAUCCCGCCGGCGCCCCACGUACUACACGGUCACUGUGCCCACCUCCUGCGUCCUGACCCCCAGCCCCGUGUGCCGCUCUGGCUCUGAUGACAGCAUCUCUGACCUCUCCAGCAUCUCCCGUGCCACCUCCCCGGGCAGCAGCAGCCCUGACGUGUCCUUUGCAGUUCCGCUGCCCCUUGCCAAGUCUGGUUAUUACCCACGGGGUGCCCUCCAGCUCCUGCCGCCUGCUGGCCCCCUGACUUUCCUGUAUGAGCAGGAUCUGGCCCCGCUGCGGUACCAGCGUCUGGUGCCCUCACGUAGCCGCAUUGUGCGCACGCCCUCGCUCAAAGACUACGUGCCCACGGGAGCCCGGGGGCUCUCCAAGGCUGCUGUCACUGAGGAACUGAAGUCAUGGCACCAACGCGCUCAGCUGAGGGGCUCCCGGCCCCACUCCCUCGACCGGCAAGGGACUUUCCAGAGAGCCCAUGGUGGGACCACCAGGGACAUGCCCAUUGCUCAUGGAGUCCUGUCACUGGUUCAGGGUCCCCCGGUGCAGGUGCUGCGACGCUCAGUACCCAGCAUGCCUGUGCAGGUCUAUAUGCCUGAGAACGGCGAGAUUGUCACACAAGUGUGAGUGCCACACCCCCACCCCGGCGCAGGGGCACAUCCUGGCUGGCCCAGGGACGGCAGGGACGUCUCAUGCUUCCUCACCCCGGCGUGAGGGCACAGGAGGGAGCCACAGUGGGAUGGCAGGGGCUGGCCCCCACUUCGUGUUCCCUCAGUGGCACUUCAGUGCUGAUAGGGACACUGUGACCCCGAGCGCUUAUGGUGACCUUGAUGUCACCACGACCCUGAAUUUGAGGCUCUGGUCUUUAAUAAAGGUGGUUUUUGGGAUAUGUCGCUCUCA